AUGCCUGGCGUGAUCAGCGACUCCAACCUCUCCGUCGUCGACGGCCCCUUGACCUCCGAGAACGCCGCCCUCCUGCGCCCCUCCGACCCAACCCUCCCAGUCGAGGAGCUGCGCAAGCGAUACAACGAAGAUGGCUACCUUUUUCUCAAGCAGGUUCUGCCCCGCGAAGACGUCCUCGAGGCCCGACGGAAGUACUUCGACUACCUGGCUCCCACGGGUGUCCUGAAGGAAGGCACCGACCCCGUCGAGGGCAUCUUCAACCCCACCAAGUCGAUCGACGAGUACCCCGGCAUUGGAGCCGGGCAUGUCGGCGGAAAUGGCCGACCGGGGGGCGACAACGCGGCGCAGUUCGUCGACCGUGCCAUCGAGGCCCAUUAUAAGGACUGGUAUACGAAGAACUUGGUCAACCACCCCGCCCUGUAUGACUUCGUCGCCAAGUUCACGGGCUGGGGAGCGGAUACUUUGACCUUUAAGCGGACGCUACUGCGGAACAACAUUCCCGGGUCGAAGCCGAUUGGCGUCCAUUACGAUCAGAUCUUCUUGCGGUAUGGGGAACCGACGAGCGUCACGGCUUGGGUUCCUAUUGGCGAUAUUAAGAUCAACGGAGGGGGCUUGAUCUAUUUGGAAGAUGGCGAUCCGGUGGGUUUGAAAUGUGAAGAAGAGUUCACCAGCAGGGCAAAACAGGCUGGUUUGUCGGAAGAAGAGGCCAGGUCGGCGUUCAACUCCAACAUGAUGUCGACAGGUCUGCUCUCCGAGUUUCCUGCUCAAUUCGCAAAAGAUAAUAACCGGCGAUGGCUGGUCUCCGCCUACGAGGCAGGUGAUGUCGUCCUGCACAAACCUCACACGAUCCACGCAUCGACUAUCAACAAUGAUCAGGACAACGUCAUCCGACUGGCGACGGACCUGCGUUUCUGCGACUCUUCCAAGCAGUAUGACAAGGUGAGCACGAAUGCCCAGGUCGGAUGCUAG